GGUGAACCUGCUGGGGGACACCCAAGCGUUGCCACAAGGGCAACAAUCGCAUGCGGUUAUAAAACUGCCGUGGGAGCAGUCACCGGAGUGGUGGGAUUACUAUGUUAAGGUAACAUGUGGGUAGAUUGCCAAGGCCGUUCUGCGGCGGGAGAACGAAUUGCAUUGGUUGACGAAGACCCUCAAUAACGUUGUACCUGGGUAUAGGGCCUCACAUUCGACUUCAUAAGAACAAGGCUUACCCCAAUUGCGGUGUUCUUUUCAUGGCUCACGGACUUUGGCGCUUCAAUAUGACAAUGCCUCGUUUCCAGAGCUUGAUUGCCUUCGCUGCAGGUGUGCUGCGUCUGGUGGCGGCACAAGCAGAACCGCCCAUAACAACAGACAACGGUGUAGCAGCCCACACGUUUGACAUCAGCCAAGUUACCUUGAACGAUGGACGUUUACAUGAGAACCAGAACCGCACCUUGACUUACCUGAAAUUUGUCGAACCCGAGCGCAUGCUUUACGUCUUCAGAGCGAACCACAACAUCUCCACCAACGGAGCUGCUGCUAAUGGCGGAUGGGACGAUCCGACAUUUCCUUUCCGAAGUCAUGUGCAGGGACAUCUCCUGUCCGCCUGGUCUCAAUGUUACUCCACCCUCAAAGACAUAGAAUGCCGAGAUCGGGCGGUGUCUUUUGUUGCCGAGCUGUUGAAGUGUCAGGAGAACAACGACGCGGCGGGCUAUAAUUCGGGCUACCUGUCAGGCUUUCCUGAGGCGGACUUCGAUGCUCUAGAAGCCCGAACGCUCUCAAAUGGAAAUGUGCCGUACUAUGUCAUCCACAAGACUAUGCAAGGCCUCCUUGAUGUUUGGCGCAAUAUUGGCGACUCUACCGCCGAGACUGUGUUACUCGCACUCGCUGGGUGGGUAGACGCCCGAACUAGCAAGCUCACAGCCGCUCAAAUGCAAGCUCUGUUGGAAACAGAGUUUGGUGGCAUGAAUGAUGUUCUGACAGACAUCUACCGCCAGACUGGCGAUGACAAGUGGAUCACCGUUGCGCAGAGGUUUGAUCACGCUGCUGUAUUCGAUCCUCUAGCUGCUGACCAAGAUAAACUCAAUGGUCUUCACGCCAACACUCAGGUGCCCAAAUGGAUCGGUGCCACCAGAGAGUUCAAAGCCACAGGGACUUCUCGAUAUUUGGACAUUGCCAAGAACGCAUGGGACUUCACUGUCAAUCAACACACUUACGCCAUCGGAGGCAACAGUCAAGCUGAACAUUUCCACGCCUCCAACGAAAUAGCGGAAUGGCUUACAGACGAUACCUGCGAACACUGCAAUUCUGUGAAUAUGUUGAAAUUGACCCGUGAACUGUGGACCUUGAACCCCAGUGCUGACUAUUUUGACUUUUACGAACGUGCCUUGCUCAAUCAUGUCCUAGGGGCACAGAACCAGCACGAUGAUCACGGUGGUGUCACUUACUUCACACCUCUAAUUGCCGGCAGCCAUCGUGGUGUAGGCCCUGCUUGGGGUGGUGGCACUUGGAGUACGAACUAUGAUUCCUUUUGGUGCUGUCAAGGAACGGGACUGGAGGUCAACACCAAGCUGAUGGACUCCAUUUACGGUUAUGAUGACACUUCUCUAUAUAUCAACCUGUUUACCCCCUCGGCUCUUGACUGGUCGCAGAAAGGUAUUAGCGUUUCCCAAGACACUACGUUCCCGGUGUCGGACACAACCACAAUUACAAUCAACGGUGAAGGCACCUUCGACCUCAAGAUCCGCAUUCCCUCCUGGACUUCAAAUGCCACCAUUUCCGUCAAUAGCGAGCAACAGACAACUGACACGACUCCCAGUUCGUAUGCCAUCAUCUCUCGUACUUGGCUCUCCGGAGAUCAGGUCGUCGUAAAGCUGCCGAUGAGCCUCCGCUUAGUUCCUGCGAACGACGAUACAUCGCUUGCAGCAGUUGCUUAUGGGCCUACAAUACUUUCAGGCGACUAUGGAGACCUGGCAUUGUCGAGCGCGCCUACUCUCGACUUGAACUCGUUGAGCAGAGUCAGUACAUCAGAUCUGGACUUCACCGGGACCGCAAAUGGGACAGAUGUGACGCUAAGCCCCUUUUACGAUGCACAAGGCUUCAAUUACGUGGUAUACUGGGCGUACUCUGGGGAACUCUCCUCCACAUAGUCAUGAGACGUACUGACCAACAGAGUUUGUAAGCUUAAAUAAUUCUCACAUAAUUCUGUUAAAUAUUUUGCAUUAAAGCAUCCCCGUAUUCUAGAUGUGACGA